AUGCAUCAUAUCGACGCGAAACUCAUCGAGACCGACCUGCCCUUGCGGAUGCAGUACCUGCAGGACUUCCUCCUAUGGGACCCAGCGAAAGACGGAUCAUUGAUCGAAGCAUGCAAACCGGUACUCGCGCCAAUCGUCAACAACGUCGUCGACGCAGUCUACGACCACCUCUUGAAUUUCGACAUCACCGCCGCACCAUUCGCGCCAGCACAGUCAACGGACGGCAGUGGCGGGUCGGGCUCGAAAGUGCAAGAUCUCCAUCGCGACCACGCGAACAUCAAAUUCCGCAAGGACUUCCUGAAGGCAUAUCUGGUGAGAUUGGUGUCGAACCAUGACUGGACGCCGCAGAGUAAAUUCUGGUCGUAUAUCGACAUGGUCGGGAAGGUACACACGGGAUCGAUGGAUUCCGGGCUAAGACAUCGGAAGGACAGGCCCGCGUUGUUUGUGGAAUACCGCGACGUCAAUCUCCUGCUCGGAUGGGUGGAAAAUGCCGUCACGGACAUUGUGAUGGGCGUGGAAGCACUCGAUGCCCAGACCAAACUGGACGUGCUGAAGGCCCUGAACAAAUUCUGGUGGAUUCAGAACGAUCUUUUCGCAAGACACUAUGUGGUCAGCCUCAGCGAUCGAGCUGCCCACCGUGUUGCAUCCAAAGGUAUCAAAGGGUUGGUCGCAUCUACCAAUCCAUUCAAGCCCGAACAGAUUACAUCGGCACUCCUGGCUUCCGCCUCAACGGCUGUUAUGUUUGGUGCAUAUUGGGCAUUUUCGGGAUAA